GCGGGCGGGGCGGCCGGGGAGGAGGGAUCGCGCCGGCUCAGUGCCGCCGCCAUGGCGGGCUUCGUGCGGGAGCUGGAGCGGCGGGGCGGGCCGGCGCUGCGGCUGGAGCAGCGGGUGGCGGGCGGCGUGGGUUGCGUGGUGUGGGACGCCGCGCUGGUGCUCGCCAAGUUCCUGGAGACCGGCGCUUGUCCCCUCGACCGCCGCCACGUCCUCGAACUGGGUGCCGGUACCGGCGCCGUGGGCAUCAUGGCGGCCACGCUGGGGGCAAACGUGACGGUCACCGACCUGGAGGAGCUGCAGGAGUUGUUGGUGGCCAAUAUAGAGAACAACAAACAUCUGGUGACGGGGUCGGUCCGAGCCAAGGUACUGAAAUGGGGUGAAGAUGUAACAGAAUUUCAGCCUCCCCCUGAUUAUAUACUAAUGGCUGAUUGCAUUUACUACGAGGAGUCAUUAGAACCAUUAUUGAAGACACUGAAAGACCUUACUGGCCCUGACACGUGCAUCUUGUGCUGUUACGAGCAGAGGACUAUGGGAAAGAAUCCUGAAAUUGAGAGAAAAUACUUCGAGCUGCUUCAGACGGACUUUGAGCUGGAAAAAAUUCCCCUGGAUAAGCACGAUGAGGAGUAUCGCAGCGAAGACAUUCAUAUCGUGAAUAUCCACAGGAAACAAACGGAAGAGCACAGGGCACGAGGCAGCUGCCGCGGAGUGCACCGGCGUCUGAAUCUGGCCAUCCACGAGCAAGUCCCCUGCGUCCCCUGGCGCUGCUGUAGAGCGCCCCAGGACUGCGUGGGGCCGGGACCUGCGCCCACGCAUCCCAUGGGGCUGGUGGCUUUGCUUGGGAACUCUGUCCUCCGCAGCUGUAUAAUCAUUUUCCAUGGCGUGUAAUCCUGGACAAAUGGAUUUUUCCUCUUAGAAAAUUACACUUCUUGUCUGUGGCAUUAAGAGCUAGUGUUAGGAAAGGCCUUUUUAUUAUGGCAGACCUGCUCCUGCUCCCACGACUGCAGUGGGUCCUCCGUAAAUGGGCAAAUGGCUCAGUUCAACUGUGUCUCUCGUGCAUUUAGAGGGAGCAGAUGCCCCCGAGCCUGCAGAUGAUUGCUGCCGUUGUGCCAUUUCCUGAGCCUCAGCCGAGGAACUGCUGCAAACAGUGCUGCAACGCCGUAACUCGCCCACUCGGCAACAGGAGAUUACGUACAGGGGCUCCCAUCCCCGGCUGCGCUUGCC